GUGCUAGUGGCGGCGCCAGACCUGGUGGCGGCGAAGGGGACGCUGGCGCGGCGGAGCGUUACAAUAAUGAGAUCAGUCAUCAUGCCAACAUUGGUAUUGCACUGGCACUAAAUGGUGGGCAAAAUUGUUUUCCUGAGAGCAUCAGAAGAGCGUUUGUUGGUUACAAAGAAUGGCUCAACAGCAAGCAUUGAGAUUUCGUGGUCCAGCUCCCCCACCAAACACUGUCAUGAGAGGCCCACCACCUCUUAUGCGCCCACCACCACCUUUUGGUAUGAUGCGAGGUCCACCACCACCUCCUCGGCCUCCUUUUGGACGACCUCCAUUUGAUCCAAAUAUGCCUCCAAUGCCGCCCCCGGGAGGAAUUCCUCCACCUAUGGGACCGCCGCAUUUACAGAGACCACCUUUCAUGCCUCCUCCUAUGGGUAAUAUGCCACCACCUCCUGGUAUGAUGUUUCCUCCAGGGAUGCCACCAGUUACUGCCCCUGGAACACCAACAAUGCCUCCUACUGAAGAGAUAUGGGUAGAAAACAAAACUCCAGAUGGAAAGGUUUAUUACUACAAUGCAAGAACGCGUGAAUCAGCAUGGACCAAACCAGAUGGAGUAAAGGUUAUUCAGCAGUCAGAGCUGACACCAAUGCUGGCUGCUCAGGCCCAGGCUCAGGCUCAGGCUCAAGCUCAAGCUCAAGCUGUUGGUGCCUCCACACCAACUACUAGUAGUCCUGCAUCAGCAGUAUCUCCUUCCACAUCAUCAAGUAGUCAGUCUUCAACAACUUCUACUACUACUACAGCAACAUCUGUUUCGCAAACAGUUUCCACACCUACAACACAAGACCAGACCCCCAGCUCAGCUGUUUCAAUUGCUACACCUUCUGUCAGUGUUUCAACUUCUGCUCCUUCUGCUACACCUGUGCAGACUGUACCACAGCCAGUCCCACAGACAUUACCUCCUGCAGUUCCUCAUGCGGUACCUCAGCCAACAGCAGCAAUUCCUGCUUUUCCACCAGUAAUGGUACCUCCAUUUCGAGUUCCCCUUCCUGGCAUGCCUAUUCCGCUUCCAGGUGUAGCAAUGAUGCAAAUAGUCAGCUGCCCGUAUGUAAAGACAGUCGCUACCACCAAGACCGGUGUCUUGCCAGGAAUGGCUCCUCCUAUUGUACCUAUGAUCCAUCCUCAGGUUGCUAUUGCCGCUUCACCUGCUACAUUGGCUGGAGCAACAGCAGUCUCUGAAUGGACAGAGUACAAAACGGCAGAUGGGAAGACUUAUUAUUAUAACAAUAGGACACUAGAAUCAACAUGGGAGAAGCCUCAAGAGCUGAAGGAAAAAGAAAAAGUAGAAGAGAAGAUGAAAGAAAGCAUUAAGGAACCUGCUGAGGAUCCUUUACCUAUGGAGACAGAAGAGGAAGAACCUAAAGUAGAACCUAUCAAAGAACUUAUAAAGGAGGUAAAAGACCUAAUACUACCACAGGAGCCAAAAGAGGAAGAAAUGACAGAAGAAGAAAAGGCAGCUCAGAAAGCAAAACCAGUGGCUACAACCCCUAUUCCUGGUACUCCUUGGUGCGUAGUAUGGACUGGCGACGAGCGGGUUUUCUUUUAUAACCCUACCACUCGUCUGUCUAUGUGGGAUCGACCGGAUGACCUAAUAGGAAGAGCAGAUGUGGACAAAAUUAUUCAAGAGCCUCCUCACAAAAAAGGAAUGGAUGAAGGGAAAAAAACAAUAAAAGAAGAGCAUGAAAUGCUAGAAGAAACCAAUGAUGAUGAACCUAUUAAAGCAAAGAAACGAAAGAAAGAAGAUAACAAAGACAUUGAUUCAGAGAAGGAGGCUGCCAUGGAAGCAGAAAUUAAGGCUGCUCGAGAAAGGGCCAUAGUUCCUCUGGAGGCUCGAAUGAAACAGUUCAAGGACAUGCUUCUAGAGAGAGGGGUUUCUGCUUUUUCUACUUGGGAGAAGGAGCUACAUAAGAUAGUUUUCGAUCCCCGGUACUUGCUUCUUAACCCUAAAGAAAGAAAACAGGUAUUUGAUCAGUAUGUGAAAACCAGAACAGAGGAAAAGGGUAAAGAAAAGAAAAACAAAAUAAUGCAGGCUAAGGAAGAUUUCAAGAAAAUGAUGGAAGAAGCAAAGAUUAAUCCCAGAACUACUUUUAGUGAAUUUGCAGCCAAGCAUGCUAAAGACUCGAGGUUCAAAGCAAUUGAAAAAAUGAAAGAUCGAGAGGCGUUGUUUAAUGAAUUUAUCACAGCAGCAAGAAAGAAGGAAAAAGAAGAUUCGAAGACCCGAGGAGAGAAGAUCAAAAUGGACUUCUUUGAACUGUUGUCUAAUCACCACUUGGACAGUCAGUCUCGCUGGAGCAAAGUGAAGGACAAAGUAGAGACUGACCCACGCUACAAAGCUGUGGAUAGCUCUUCACAAAGGGAGGAUCUUUUUAAGCAGUAUAUUGAAAAAAUAGCCAAAAAUGUGGACUCUGAAAAAGAAAAGGAAUUAGAAAGACAAGCUCGCAUUGAAGCAAGCUUGCGUGAACGUGAGAGAGAAGUUCAGAAAGCUCGUUCUGAGCAGACAAAGGAAAUUGACAGAGAACGAGAACAGCACAAACGGGAAGAGGCCAUUCAGAAUUUCAAAGCUCUUCUGUCUGACAUGGUGCGAUCUUCAGAUGUGUCAUGGUCUGAUACUAGAAGGACACUGCGUAAAGAUCAUCGGUGGGAAUCUGGCUCCCUUCUGGAAAGAGAAGAGAAGGAAAAGCUAUUUAAUGAACAUAUUGAGGCACUUACAAAGAAGAAGAAAGAGCAUUUUCGCCAACUGCUGGAUGAAACUUCAUCAAUUACCUUAACAUCAACAUGGAAAGAAGUAAAGAAAAUCAUUAAAGAAGAUCCCAGGUGCAUUAAAUUCUCUUCCAGUGACAGGAAAAAACAAAGGGAGUUUGAAGAGUAUAUAAGAGACAAAUAUAUUACAGCCAAAGCAGAUUUCCGGACACUUUUGAAAGAGACCAAAUUUAUAACAUACAGAUCCAAAAAGUUGAUUCAAGAAUCUGACCAGCAUCUGAAGGAUAUCGAAAAGAUAUUACAGAAUGACAAACGUUAUUUGGUACUUGACUGUGUGCCGGAAGAGAGACGCAAACUUAUUGUGUCCUAUGUAGAUGAUUUAGAUCGCAGAGGUCCCCCUCCACCACCCACAGCUUCAGAACCUACAAGACGAACAACAAAAUAGUUAUAAUGUACUCUUGAGCAAGAGUAUCUGUUAAGUCAAGAAGCUUGCAUGAGCCAUCUGUCAGGUUUAAUCAUACACAUUACCAUGAACUUACUGCAGAACCAUCCAAGGAGCAGAGGAAAAGCAGCGUUUGUGAACAUAAAGCAGUCCCUUGUACAGAGAGAAUAUUUGCAUUGGUGCUUUUUUCUCUUUGUUGCAUGACUGACAAAUAUUCUAACCAUGCAGCUAUCUCCAGUGAUUUUAAGGUCCUAGAACAAUGAUCUGUGUACAAGAUGUGAAUGUUGGUAGCAUUUGGAGUCAUUCUUCUCAGCAGUGUUAUUUGUGAAAGCCUUGGGAUGAUUGAUAUUUGUGGUCUGAAGUUAAAAACUACAUGAGUACUACAGAUGUCCUAAUGGGAGAUCUAAGGUCAGGCACUCUGAUGAUUAAACUAUUGAUGGCUGAAGGCCCCAGUAAGAUUAUGUCCCUUUGCAAACCUGAAAAUAUAGGGACUAAUUCUUUACUCAUGUGGCCUUUCCUACAUAAAUCAGGAAUAACUCCAUUAAUGUCAGAUCCAGCAUGAGAGGCGAAUGAACCUUGCAGAGACCAAAUUGAAUAAAUACCUUUUGAUCUUGUUCACAGGCCUGCUUUGAUCCCCCAUCCCCCCCAUUAUAGGCACAAUCAAGUUGCUUUGCCCAGUAGUCUGGUAAUGUUUUUGCUGUAAAUUGGAAAUAUACACACACACAAAGCCCAGUGUGUUCCUUCCCAAGAUAGCACGGUUGUACAAAACACUUUUAUUUACCAUAAAGUGAUCUCUACCACCUCUAAAUUAGACUAUGGAUUUCCCUUCUGGAUAUUUCUUGUAAACUAUAUUCCUGUUUUGAAUGUCAAACUUGUGUUUCUAAAGUUUAAUUUUGAAAUGUUGGGAUUGUUCAGUUUAUGUAUUUGAACGACAAUAAACCAACCCUUUUUAUAUAUGGAUUGUAUAUGCCUAGUAAUGGUUUAUUACAUUCUUAUUGA